UCGUCGCGUAAGAACGUACGUUUUUCUAUCCAACGUCGUAAAAUGAUGAUAAUAUGCAAAAAUUUUGUGAUUUUUUCAUUAUUUUUUACCAUCUUGGACAAAUCAAAAGCUGCUGAAACUAAGAAAACUGGUACCAAGGAACCUUAUGUUUUGGCAGAAAUUGACGAUGAAAAAUCUCCAACAGGCCAUCGUUACGAAUUUCCAAGUUGCGUUGUUACUCAACCGAAUCAAGAAAAUGGUGAUAUCAAAUUCUCCGCAUCUGGCGAAUCAGUUGAAAUUUUGUACCUAUGUUACCCAAUGGAAAUAUACGAUUGCGUCAAUGCUGGUUCCAACAGAUUUAUGAAUCAUUAUUGCGCAUUUAAUGAGAAACCAAAUUGCGGCGUCGAAGGAAAUUACGAUUAUGUGAUGAAAAACGUGUUGAAUAAAUAUAGUUAUGAGAUGACUUGUGCCAAGACACACCAUAACGCCAAGUUGUACAGAGUUGGAUAUGAUUUUCAAUUCAUUCCUGGGGAACCAAUUGUCAAGGACGUGUACAACUUUUGUUACAAUAAAGAAAAACAGAAAACGUUGUACGUCGAAUAUAAAAUCAUGUCUCCUGAUUUACUGAACAACUCGCAAGUAAAUGAUAAAACAUAUCACAAGAAAAUAGAAAUGAUCUCUUUCGACAGGAAGGAAUUUGGAGAUUUUGAGAAGAAAAUUGCCUAUUUUCAAAAAGCUGAAAAAAACUCAAAUUAUCAAUUUUGGGGGUACAAUUUGGUAGUGCCACCUCAACACAUGGCUUUUGAAUAUUGGAAGGAGCCUCUUUUCCAUAUAGUUAAUACCCAACUCUUACGUUCAACAUUCCAUUCGGAAAUGAACAUCAUCAAUAAUUACAUCAGAGAUAAAGCAAUCGAAGUAUAUGGAGAAAUAUUCAUCCGAGCUGGAGUUUUUGAUUUUGCUGACGACAUCUUCGACUCUUCUAUUUGGUGGAAGUUGAUUUACAACGAAAGCAGAGAAUAUGCAAUCGCUUUAUUCAUUCACAACGAGUUGACUCCCCCCUAUAUGAAACUUUGUGAUAAUGAGCUAGAACUUUCUUGUCUUCAUUAUGGUUGGCAAGAUCUCGCACCUUCUACAAUUAGUAAAUUUGUAUAUUGCUGCACUCCUGAUUAUCUCAUCGAUAUGUACGGGUUUCCUGCAGUGAAGACUUUCAAUUUAAAUAACCCUCCGCCUGAAAAUCCUACGUAUGCUGGCAAGAAAAAGAAUUGCAAGGUUCCGAAAAAAAAUUAUUCUCAAAGUGAUCGGACAGCAAGAAGGAAAAAAAUUGAUGAUUUUUUGUCGAAUAAUGUUUCAGUAGCUGUGAAUUGA